UACGCUCAGCACUGUAGUCAUGGUCAUAGUCAUGAUUGCCUAAUUAAAUGUAAAAUACACAUUUUUAUAAAUUCCUUCGUCGUAGUUCCUCUCCGUAGUUUUGAGGAGCUAGGUUUUAAGGUGAAACUCUUAGUUAGGAACUUGAAGUGCCACUUACGAGAACUUAGCGAUCGGAUUCUUUGCGAAAAUGGACCCUGGUUAUUGGCACCAAAUAUUUGUUUGAGGGCCACUUUACUGUGUGUGUGUGUACAGUAGGAUGAAGUCAUUACUCUGAGUGUUGUGCCACAGCUUGGCCAGACAAGAUCACCACCUUUGCGAUGCUCUCAAUCUCUCUCUUCUAUUCUGUCUGUCACUUAUUCUUUCUUUCCCUGGAACUCAAAGGGUUUUUUUUUUAAACUCAAAUUUUUAUUUUCAACUUUGUGCUCUCCUGUCCUUCAGUAGGUCUCUUGUCCUCUCCUCCACCUGCACACUAACACAGAAAUGAUCCAGCCCACACAUAUCCAUGCAUGACACCUUUCCACUUUUUCUUUUUUUUUUUAUUGUCCCUGCCCACAGAGCUGGAACACGCACACAUCUAUACACACUUCACCUUCGCUGCUCUCUCUCCCUCGCUCUGAGGUGAAGCUCGAGUGCAUUCCAGCAGCCUCUUGCCAUCCCUUCAUAUUUUUAUUUCAUCUCAUCCCUCUGUUCACCCACCCGUCCUCCCACUCACAUUUUCUCUUUUGUCUUUCACGUUCACUUUUUCUCUUGCUCAAGUGACAACCCAAGAGAGCUACACAGGCCAAUUACUUUUCUUUGCAGUUUUGGUGAGGGUCUAAUGUAAAUUACCGGUACCUUCUGCUGUCAAUCACUUACAAAAGGUCAUUGUAGAAGGGAGUGAAGCUGUGAGAUCUACGUGUGUGUGUGUAGGCAAUUGCUGUUAUGGGGAAAAUAAGCCACCAUUAUAAUAUUUUAAUUUAUUUAUUUUUUUUACAAAUUCCUCCCAGGAUUUUGAAAUGAUUAAAAUGACUACUAUUGUGUGUCCUUACCAAAGUCAGGCCCUGUGGAAUGCUGAUUUACGUCUCCCUUGAAAACAAUAAAGCAUGGUUAAUAGUGUCGAGAGCAGUAAUAUCUGACAGGAGAGUGUAGGUAUGAAAAUGGGUUUGUGCAGUUGGCCAGCAGUGGCAGCAGCUGUCUGCAGAGCAGAGCUAUUCUUCACUGGGAGAGAGAGAGAGGAAGACAGGGUACACAACCAUAAAAACACCAACCUGAUCAAACAGCAGAACCAUUCACUGAACUCAACCUGCUUUACAAAGCCAGAAGUGUGUGGGUGGGUGGUCUAUAUACACUAAUAAAAUUGUGUUAUGCUGGUAUUUAUGACCUUUAAUUUAUAUAUUAUAGUUAAUUUAUGAGCGAGUUGCCAUAUCUUUUACAUUUUGUGUGUGUGUGCGUGCACGAAACGCACGCGCAUGCUCAAGUGUUUGCCUGCGCUGCACGAGUGUUGGCUCUCCGCGUGUUCUCGGAGGCCGAGGGGGAGCUGCAAGCAGAUGGCACUGGCAGACUGUUACUCUUAGAGAGAAAAGCCAUAGGAACAAUAGAAAAGAGUAAAAAAAAAAAAUACAAGAAUGAGUAGAGAAAAGGUUUCAGUUAGACACAGAGAAGGAAAACAUAAUGAAUAGUCACCACUGAUGGCAGAUUAAACAUGGCCCACUUGGUCACAUCAAGUUGUCUACAACUGGACAUACCUUGCUCUCACUAGAAAGAUGAGAAACUGCAUUUUCUGUAAGCUGCAGCAAUGUUGGAUUUUCUGUUGAUUAGAAACUAACACGAAUGCUUAUGAUUUCAGAUAUGUUGCAUUAAAACACAAAAGGUUAAAGAAAAAAUUGACAAAGGCUUAGAUUUUCAAAUAUCUAGAGGAGGUAAAAAGCAUUGACAACGUGCUGGCAUUUGUUCAGCAGUCAUAACCCUGUGCCAGUAUGGAGCAUGUUUGGCAGCCAGAGCAUAGCCUGGCAAACAGAGGGAAGUGAGAAAGCGACAAUGGUCAGAUGAGGAAUGAAAAAGGAAAGGGUGACAUCAUUUUGGAGAAGCGGAGAAAGGGGAUCAGCUCUUAUUGUGUAUUCAAGUCUGUUUAUUCAAGCAUAGGUCCAAAUAAAGACGUCAAGGUGCUCUUUCAAAAGUAUGUGGACACACAUGCAGGCAGCAUCCACCAGACGGAUGGACCUGAUAUCAUGCAACUCCUCUGUAGCUGUUCCAUCACCUGCGUGUCUGUGUCUGGGGGAGUGGUCACUUUGUUAAUACACAUCCCAUCAUAUAUGAGACACUAUUGACACACUUCUAUAACUUACACACACACAUGCGUGCUCACACUAUAAAUCAAGGUUUGAGUGAGAGCGCGAGAGCAAAGGAGGAGGAGAGAAAAGGAUGCUCAUAGCAGGUGCCAAAUAUUGAAGGAGAUUAGAGCAAGAGAAUCAGACGGAGAGUGAGGAUGGAGCAGAGCUCUCACUGAACAUUCAGCCACAGGUUUUCAUACAGUCAGUCUCUGGUGAGUAACUCUUCUGUAAUUCUUUUGGAAUUGUAUUCAUUAAAAAAAAAAUCUGAUAACAAUCAAGGUAUUUACUUAGAAUCAAAGAUUAUUUUACACUUUGGAAUAACUAAUCAUUUUGUCUCUGACGGAGUUUUUCAGAAUGUCUUCAUCUUACUCGCACUGUAAACACUUACCUUUAGUAUAGAAAAAAAACCUAAUGCAUUGUUAUAUAUUGUAACUUUCUUUUCUUUUCUUUAAUGUUACUAUAGCUGAAGCUACAGGUGCAUCUGUUUACAAAUGCCAUGCCAAGGCAGCACUUAAAAAUGACACACAACUACUAAAUUACACUACUAGAAAUGUAUAUAAAUCUUUUCUGUAUUUCUAAAAUUCACAGCAUUUUUCUGGUUCAACAAAAAAAUCUCUUUUCAUGCGAGCCUGAGCCAAGAAGGCAGCACGAGUCAACAACAUUCAAUCGCAGGACCUAAGAAAUAACGUAAUAAUUUGUGGGUUUAGGCUCGUGUGUAUCUCUGCUGCAUGAUGCUGUGCUCUGCUGUUCUGGCAGUGCUGCUCCUGCUGGCACCACUGAAACCCAGCCACAGCCGAAGCCUUCACACCCCCGACCGGGCCAUGCAGGCCAUCAAGCAGUUCCUUGAGCGUUACUAUGACCUUUUGACCCUAGAUGACCUGGAUAAUCUCACCAGUGAGCAAUCAGAAGCACCGGUACAGGUCUUUAAUUCUGGCUUAAAAGUUGCCGAAAAUCCCAAAUGGAUUGACAUACCUGUACAGAAUGAAAACUCCUGGGUCCGUCUCCUCAAGGGAGCUCUGGCCAAUCAAAAACGAGCUUUGUCAGACCGGUCUCGGAGAGGUUGGAACCGAGGUUGCUUUGGCCUGAAGCUAGACCGAAUCGGAUCUAUGAGUGGCCUCGGCUGCUAAUGACAGACAGAGGGACAGAGCAAUCAGAGAUGGUUUCUAAGCGUCAAGUAGAUGUUCCUCAUAGUGACAGUCUACAGUCAGUUUCUCUCAUCUAUAUGGUGAUGUUUUGGUACAGUUUCUUUCAUGACAUUUUCACUUUUCACAGUCUUUGAGUCACUUUUCACAGUCAAUGUAUUGUAAAUUGUUCAUUAUAAAGUGUUGUAACAUUUUAGUAAUUCUAGUUCUAUCUAUAUUGUGAUGGUGGAGGAGUGAAAAUAUGUUUUGUGUACUUUUGUGUAUGUGUUUCUAGAUAAUACACACAUUGUAUUAGAUUAGAUUAUAGUGAACCAUGGGACUAUAUUUCAUACUAAUAUAUAUGUUGUACAUUGGAUUACCUAUGAACUGUAUUUCAGACUGUUUUGAAGGAUAUGCAUGAGCAAAACUAACACAGUUCAACUUCAACUUUGUGCAUAUUAUUUGGCAUGAAUAAAACAGUUAAAUGUGUUAAGGAUCUGCAUUGUUCCCUGUAUCAAAAUGUGUUUUUAUGCACUACUGGAAAGAGCGCUGAAACUUUUCGCAGCUGUAAACAUGUCCUGUCUUUGCUAUUUCUAUGCCCACGCUGUAGCCAAAAGGGAAAAUUCACCAGCUCUGUUUUCUGCUACUCUGCCUCCAUCUCAGUGUGAUGAUCUGUGCGCAUGUAUCUAAUCACCCUUUUUCUGCCUUAUUUUUCUUCCAAUAAUAAACUUAC